AUGGAAUUUGCAAUUUAAUCAACAACAUUGAGCUGAGCCAUCAAGUUCCGAAAAAAGACUGUUCCGAAAAACGUGCGGUCCUUAAGCAAAGCCAAAGACCGAAUCAACAGCACAAUGGUGAUCCACCGGACGCCCAACGGCACAAGACGUUCCCGAACGAACAAGGAGGCAUCGCCCGUCCUUCUGGCCGCUGCCGUGGUCGUUUCCCUCGCAGCUGCCACUGCCAACACGAACUCCUUUGUGAGUGCGUGGACCACCGGAAAUUCGGGGAGAAGCACCCAUCGGAGCCAUGUCGGUGGAAUCAUCGCAACCGCCACCGCUCUGCGAAUGAGCGCCGUCAACGAAACCGAAUCGUCCACCUCGGCGUCCCUGCCCGAUUUCGGGAAAACCACGGUGGAGGUGGACAAGAUCAAGCUCGAAAAGAAGAGGAGAAAACGCGAGCCAAAGGAGGACUACGACACCAAGGUGGGAAUUGAGGAGAACAAGUGGCGCCGAUCCGAUUUGUUUGGAUCCUCUCUGGUGGAUCAGACAAUGGACGAGCUGAAAAACGACAAGGAUUUUCAGACGACCCAGAAACGAAUCAAGGAAGUGGGGCUAGCGGGAAUUUCCAAGGAGGAACGGAAACAGAGGCGCCGGGCCCUGGACAAACUCAAGGUCCAGCCCUUUGCAAAAUUUUUGACGGAACAAAUCACGAACAAAAAGGAGGAGGACGCGGCAACCCCCACCAUCGGCACCAAGAGCGUCAAGCCCUACCGGUUGCAGCGAAAACCACCGACGAUCCUCCAGAUCAACAUCGGCCUUUACUGCAACCAGGCCUGCGGCCACUGCCACGUCGAAUCCUCGCCGCUCAUGACGGCGGAAAUGAUGACCGCCGAAACGGCCGCCCGGUGCCUGGAGCUCCUCAAAAACACCCCCAGCAUCACCACCCUGGACAUCACAGGCGGCGCCCCCGAGCUCAACAAGCACUUUCGCUACCUAGUGAGCACGGCCCGGGCCAUCCGGGGCAAGGAUCUGAUCAUCAUCGACCGGUGCAACCUGACGGUCCUGCAGGAGCCGGGCCAGGAAGACCUGGUGGAUUUUUUGAAAGAGCACGACGUCCACGUCAUCGCCAGCCUUCCGUGCUACUCGGCCGAAAACGUCGAUACCCAGAGGGGAAGCGGCGUCUUUGAGCGAUCGAUCGCUGCCCUUUUGGCCCUCAACGAGGCCGGGUACGGAAGGGACGGCCGUGAAGCCGAAACCGAUGACGGGCCCCGAUUGCAGCUCGAUCUGGUCUACAACCCGCUAGGGGCCUUCUUGCCCCCGCCCCAGGAAAACCUCCAGGUGCAGUACCAGAAACAGCUCGCCGACAACUUUGGAAUCCUUUUCGACCAGCUCUUUACCAUCACCAACAUGCCCAUCAAGCGGUUCGCCGACUUUUUGCACCGCCGGGGGGAGCUCGCCGAGUACAUGGACCUGCUGGUGCGAAACUUCAACCCCGACACGGUCCAGCAGCUUAUGUGCCUCGAUACCAUUAACAUUGGUUGGGACGGGAAGGUGAGUGUUUUCUUUUUUUCGGCGGUUGCUUGUCGUUCUCCGUAUUUGAUUUUGGAAAUAACUCACGCGUGUCCGGGUCCUUUGCGCUUUUUGGAUUCAAAACGCUUUCUGUUUCGAUCAAAUGCAUGCAUAGAUAUACGAUUGCGAUUUCAACCAGCAACUGGGGUACGCCGUCGGCGUCGAUAGCAUCCACCGCGGGGGGAAGACUGUCUUUGACAUCGAAUCCCUCGACGACCUGAGAGACGUCCGUAUCCGCACCGACAACCACUGCUUUGGUUGCACCGCGGGAAUGGGUUCCAGCUGACAGGGCGCCACGGCAUAACCAAAGUGCCGUGGCUGCCAAGCUAGCUAGCUAACUAGCAAGCAAUAAUUCACACAGAGAACU